GUAUUUCGAAAUACUUUAAAAUGGAGUACAAAUAAGGAGUACGUGAAGAACUAUUUAAAAUAGAUAAAUAAUAGUUGAUUAUUUUGUUAUUAUUGUUAUGUUUGGUAUCUGUUGUAAGUGUUAAUGUAUUUAAUAAACAAUUGUUUAGUUCAGGUGUAAUUUUAAUAAAUCGCAAAUCAAAGAUGCUUUGGCAGUGUAGCUCAUCGAAUGCAUGCUACUAUAAGAGACCGGCAACAUUUAACGCUUCGGAUGGAUUUUACGUCAGUUCCUGCCUUACUGAGCCUAUCGAUCUAACAUCGUACAGCAACAACUCACCCAGAACUCCACACAACAAACAAACCCAGUCCCCAGACUAUCACCAGUUUUCCGCAAACCGAAUACUAUUGAAGUCUCCAAUGGAAUCUGGACAGAUCGAGGAGCAGUGCGACGCCGAAGUACUAAAUGCAGCCAAAACGUUGUUCUCCAAACGCACCAGAACCCUGUACCAUUGGAUGUACCCGAAUGCAUCGAUAAGCACCCUCAAAACUGCAGUCGCUUCAGCAUGGGACAAGCUGAACUUUAAAGAGAAAGAUUUCUACGUAUCACAGGUUUUGGGACGAUUCGGAUUCUCUAAAAACAACGUCAUCGUAAAUCCUCACUUGACCUACGGCGGAAUAAAUGGUAACUUUCUCCCCCUGGACCUGUCAACCGAUAAUCCCGAAGGAUACGAGGAAGCCAAUGCGGCAGUGUCGAAUCUUCUGCUGAGUGAAGAGAUGGUGCCUCAAAAAACCGUUUCGUACGCUGCGACCACCUUCGAAGAUCCCACCCGUUUUCUGCAAAGGAAAAGAAGAAGAACCGGACGACCACCAGGAAGUAAGAACAAGAUGAAGAAGCCGUCGAUUGAAGUGAAAGAGGAAGAGGUGUUCGAAAAUGAUCCCGAAUUGCAUCGCGAGUUCGAACAGUUCAAGUGGAUGAUGAGCAUGAGUAAUCAUAAUGGCACAAUUUGUUGAAAGUGGUCCUAUUCUCAAGCACGAAGAAUGGCCCUUUUCUACCUGAUACUACAAUUAAUUAACUGUUUCUUGUUGUUUGUGUGUUCGCGAGUGAAAUAAUUAAGAAACAAUUAAGUGAAAUAAUUAUGGAAUUCUUCAUUAUUUGUAAGAAUGCUUUUUGUAUUGGUUUUGAAAUAAAACAGAUA